AUGCCCUUCUUCCGCUUCCGGCGGAAGAAGCCUGUGGAGGCGCCGAUGGAGCCGACGCUCGAGGUACAGGAGCUCAUCGCCAUCGAGGCCGAGACGUCGACGCUCCUCCAAGCGGUGGCGACACCGUCGCCGACCAAGAAGCGUCCGCGAAAGGUCGUUGGCCGCGUGACCAUCGAGGUCUUGGACAGCGUACCGCCGACGCCCUCGAGCGACGAGCCCGCCGACAUACCAGUGGCCGACGCUGCGCCAGCAAUCGCGCCGGCGCUGCCACCCAUGAACGACGACGCACUGCAGUUUACCGAUGAAGAAGCCCGCGUGCGCCGCCGCCUCGACACAUUCGUGCCUGCGUUCGUACCGGCCAAGGACGCGGUCGAGAACCAGCUCGCGCAGUUGCAGCACGAGAAGGAUCGGCUUCAGAAACGGAUGUCGCCCGUGCAUCCUCGCGCCCCCGAGAUGGAGUUUGAUAUCCUCCUUCCGCCGAGCGAGAAGGAUGCAACGGAUGCUGCAGCCACACAAAUCCAGGCAGUGGCGAGGGGGUUCGUCGCGCGACGUGCCACCCGGCGAACCUGCGCGCUCCAGGAAGCCGCCAAGUGGCGGCAAGUGCACGAUCCAGAGCGCGGCGAGACGUGGUACUACAACAGCGCCACGGGGCAGAGUCAGUGGGCACCGCCGACGGCGGCACUCAGUCCUCCUCGCCCGACCAGUCCGCAGCAGCGCCCGUCGUCGGGACAUCGCACGACGCUGCCGCCGCUCUCUCCUCGCCAAAGCAAUCUCUCGAUAGCAACGCAUCCCGUCUCGCCGCUGGUCUCGUCGCCCGUGCUUCCAUCGCUCGGGAGGGAGCCGUUUGUGCUGCAAGACGUGGAUCCCAACGGCGACUGCGCGAGCGAUGCCAGCUUCGCCGACGCCACUGCCGACUGGAUGGACAACGACGCGCUCUUCCUCGCCGACGGCUCCAAGAACGCCAAGCUCCGAGACACGAUCCGCGGCGCGCUCAAAGUGUCGCGCUUCGACUCGGUCUCGGCGCUCUUGACGCACAACGUGACGUUCAACGCGCCCAAGCCCAAGGCGCGCGGCCACCGAGAAAUUGCGCUAGGGCGAAAACCCGAGCAAUUUAUGGUGGCCGUCGUCGCCAAGAAGCCAAGCGCCAAGAGCAAGAAGGCACCGGCGCGGCUUCCAACCCCGGUGCGCAUCCGCGACGUCGCCGACCCGGGGUUCCUCGAGGCAUCCCAGAGCAACAACAACAACGAGACGAUCGCGAGCGACGAUGCGCCCAAGCCCACGCAGUGCUUUGCGUGCUGGAGUGCCAUCAAAGGGUGCAAGUGCGAAGCCCACACGGUCGGGCCCGCGCGCAUCAAGCAUGCGUCCGAGAGCGCGCUCCUCUGUUCCAACUGGGAGGUCGACCAGCUUCGGCGCAAGUACCGGGCCGAAGAGAUCCAAGAAGUGUUUCUGAAAGCCAACAGCUCGCUGCGCUACGACAAGGUGCGUAAAUCGUAUGUGACCGUCAUCGAGUGCCGCCAUCCGAUCUACCGCGCGAUCGACGCGGCCACCACGACCUUGAACAAGACCAUGCGCCGCAAGCUCCACGUCCGCGCGUGGUUUCGGUCUUUCCUCGAGCACCUCCGGCUCGGGCGCGUCAAGAAGGCGGGGGACGCGCCGUCGAUACUCAAGGUCCGAGAGACGCUGCGCAACGCCAAGUGGUGUACUGACUACGCGUCAAGUGUCCGGAGCUUCCAGCCGAUGCCGCCCGUGACCAAGCAGCGGUUCACCGACGCGCCGAUCGACGGUGUCAUUGUCGUACCGCCGAAUACACCGGCGCUCAAGCACUGGGUCCUCAAGACGGAGGUCCCUCGACCCAUCGUGCUCUACCAGCCACGGAAAUACGAGCUCUUGCCGCGGCGCUGCAUUCCAAUGCCCACGCCAUCCUUCUUGGACCAGAUCCCAUUGCCGGUGAGCAACACGUACAUUGACGGACUCUCUAAAGUGAGCUGGCUCGAGCGCGUGAGUGCGCGCAUCUCACUCGCAGCCAUGUACCGCGGCAUCAUGCAAGUGAAAGCGUGCACGCCACCGAGAGGCUUUGACCUGCCGCGGCGCACGCGGAUUACGCCACCCACGACCGUGCUCUUUGCCUCGUUUGGGCGCAAGCCGACGCCUGGCAACUUGGCGGUCGGUGGGUUGGUGGCCGAGAUGCUCAUCUACAUGGUUGUCACGACUUUUGUGCCGCCCCAGUUUGGCAACUUCAACGUGACGGACCGCCGGGCCAUUUGCCCGCCGCUGACGCUCGACCACAGCGCGAUCCGCCGGCCACCAACGAUUCUCUUGGUGAUCCAAGGCGAAGGCCACGCCAUGUGCAUCAACCGGCCCGAGCAAACCGGCGAGGACGCGUGCUACGGCUUCAUCACGAUGCUCGAGAGGCCGGGGCUCAAGAUGCCCGACGAGACAAAGCCGGCGGCCUUCUUGCCCCAUGAGACGGUCCUGACGUUCAACGUGCCGACAGCGAAUGCGACAGUGACGACACGCGCAGACCGCUACUAUCCGUUUUGUGAGCCAACAACGCGCGAAAGCACCAUUAUUGCGUUCAUGCACCUCCUCUGGCUCGGCAAGUCGAGCCGCAACCAGACACAGUGCUUUACGACCCUCGGGUCGCAAGAUCCGGGUGACUUUAUGAAAAACUGCAAUGUCGACGGCGCCAUGGGGGCCUACACCCCGAUGGUCUAUCGCAGUUGGGCGUACAUGCAGACGAGUCCAUUCGAAGAGUUUGUGACCGAUGACGGCAUUGCCUACUGGUAUGAAAAGGCGACUGGUCGCACGUACUGGACGCGCCCCGUGCUCGAGAUUGAGAAGCACCGAGGACCCGACGGCGACAUUGAAGGCGAUGUGCAGGACGGGGUCGGCGAGAAAGCGACGACCGGCGUCGGUGGCGCGGACGCCCGCUACACCCAAAAAGAAAUGCGCUCGUACAUGACCAAGACGAUGGAGAGCGUUGAAGACCGCGCGACGCGAUUAAAAGCGGUUGACCGCAGCGCGAAGACCACCUCGAUCAUCAAGCCUUCGUUUCACGAAGAAGCAGAGGCCUUGGCAACACGCCCGUCCCGCCCAUCGCCAACCAAAGUGGCCGUGCCAAAGCUGUCCUUCCAGAUUGAAAGGCCUGUGGUCAGCCACAGCAAGGGCCCAACGCCGACCACCAAGCCGACGCCCCAGUUGAAGAGCUCAUCAAAACCGGCGACCAGUAAGCGACUCGUGGCGCCGAAUACGCAAAAGCUCAUCGAGUCGCUGACAUCGGCGCUCGGCGCGUCCAUGGCAACGUCGAGCAUGAGCCCGAACGACGUCUUGCAGCUCGGCAUCGGGUUGGGCAUGGGUCUCGGGCUUCGGGAUCCCGAGGUGCUGCUGGAGGACGAUGUGGCGAGCCAUGAAGCCAUCUCGGAUCGCCAUGACGACGAAGCGGCCGCGACAGACGAAGAGGUACCAACGGCGCGCUCGCUCGCGACAACACGUACGGAAAUGAGUGUCCUCCCCGAUGCGACGCCCGACGAGAUCGACGUCGCUGUCACCAAGGCACCGAUUCCAUUUGGGACCACGUUCCUGACGCAUGCGACGCCAGGCGAAGGCGAGUCGUGGGUCAACAAGCCUCUCGACUUUAGCGCCGAGAGUCAAACAGCCGUCGACGGCUUCCACGGCGCCGUGCAUCGCAGUGUGGCCAAGCUGCCCAAGAACUUUGUCGCGUGUGCCAACUCGACAAAGACGGUCAAGGCCGAGACCAACUACCUCCCCGCCAGCAUCAACAAGAACCAGCCACGUUGCGUGGGCCUUGUUCGGCCUCGGACCGCCGCCGACGAGUGGCUCGUCGUUGGUUACGAUCCCUGGGUGGCAGGGAAGGAGCUCUUCAACCUCGAAUUCGUCAAGGCACUGGCGAUCGAGGACGAAGACGCACCGGCGGCACCGCUCGUCGCCGCCGCGUUCAUCGACAAAGAGAGUCAUGCAGCGCAACAAGAGUUCGUGUCGCAGGCGGCGAAGGAAGCCAUGGAGCUCGAGCACGUUAUGAGUUUGGCGCGCCACGGCAAGUACGCCGAAGUGGAAAACCUGCUCAACCAGCCCGACUGGUCGCUCUCGAUCGACAUGAAAGACAAUGCGGGCAACACGCUGCUCUCGAUCGCGUGUCAAAACAACAACAAGCGCAUCGCAAAGCUCUGCUUGCGGAAAGGCGCCGACCUCAACACCCAAAACCUCAACGGGCAAUCGCUAUUGCACUACUGCCAUGCGUACGGCUUCCACGACCUCAUGGAGUACCUCAUGGAGAAGGGCGCCCGCGACGACCUUGUCAACAAGGACGGCCUCACGUGCUACGAAGGGCUCGACGCAGACACUGUCGAGAAACUCUAAAAGACUCUUUAAACAAGC